GAAGAAAGGGAAGCGGAAGUGACGAGCAUGGCGGAAGUCAUGGCUGGAGAAAAACAACAACGCGCCAAAUUUGUGUCAAAUUCACUGCAGUCACUGGCUCGGGACACAUGAGAGAGUUUGUCCAGUCUUUUGCGGAUACUUGUUGCUGCCCGACAAAGGCCGUGCAGCAUGGCUGUGCCUUUCGUGCAAGACUGGGACCUUGUUCAGACACUGGGAGAAGGAGCCUAUGGAGAAGUGAGGCUGCUGGUGAACAGACAGACGGAGGAGGCAGUAGCAGUGAAGGUGAUCGAUACCUCUCAGGCUAAAGAGUGUGCUGAAAAUGUCAAGAAGGAGGUCUGCGUGCAUAAGAUGCUCAACCACCCCAACAUCGUACGCUUUUUUGGCCAUCGGAAGGAAGGUCCAACUAUGUACCUCUUCCUGGAGUACUGCACCGGAGGAGAGUUGUUUGACCGAAUUGAGCCUGAUGUGGGGAUGGCGGAGAAAGAUGCGCAUAGAUUUUUCCAGCAGCUAAUAGCAGCUGUGGAAUAUCUCCACAGUAAUGGCAUCACCCACAGAGACAUUAAGCCAGAGAACAUCCUGCUGGAUGACAAAGAUAACCUCAAGCUGACAGAUUUUGGCCUGGCCACCAUGUUUCGUUUCAAAGGACGAGAGCGUCUUCUGAGUCGACUGUGUGGGACUCUUCCUUACGUGGCUCCAGAGCUUCUCAGCCAAACAGAGUACAAAGCUCAGCCUGCAGAUAUCUGGGCUUGUGGGAUAGUCCUCACUGCCAUGCUGGCUGGAGAGUUGCCGUGGGACCAGCCCUCUGAGAGCUGUCAGGAGUAUUCAGAUUGGCUUCAAAAGAAAACAUACCUACCUCCUUGGAAGAAAAUACAACCAAUGCCUCUUAGUUUGUUGUCCAAAUUACUGCUGGCCAGUCCAGAUACACGCAUCACCAUCGCAGACGUACAGAAAGAUCGCUGGUUUACUCAAGGUGUAAAACAACCACCUCUGGGCUCUGGAGGAAACAAAAUUCUUCGAUCAGAUGUGGGAGUCAUAUCCCGGGCCAACAGUGAUGACAGGAUGCAGUUUUCCAGCUCUCAGCCUGAUUUUGCGGCAGGUUGCUGGGAAGCAAUGUUGGUAAUAGGCCAAACUGACGGUCAGGUCAGCUUCUCUCAGCCGACCAAACCGGAGCACAUGUUGCUGGGUAGUCAGCUACUGGGCACACCGGGAGCCAGUCAGUCGCCGUGGCAGAGGUUAGUGCGGAGAAUGACGCGUUUCUUCACCAAUGUGAAUGCUGACGCUUCCUUAACUGCCCUGAAAGAUGCCUGUGAUGGCCUGGCACUUGCCUUCAAACUCGCCUGCAACAAACAGGUGACGGUGAGCACACUGGACAAACGCAACAACAAACUUAUCUUCAAAGUCCAUUUGCUAGAGAUGAACCAGAGAGUGCUGCUGGACUUCAGACUGUCUAAGGGUGACGGUCUGGAGUUUAAGCGUCUCUUUGUCAAAAUAAAACAGAAGCUCGGCGACAUCAUCAGCACUCAGAAGAUCACAUGAGGAGCUUUUUUACAAACAAGUGAACACUGCUGUGGACUUUGGAGAGAGAACCUGUAUAUAUUUAGCUGUUCUAUUGAAAGUGUGUUUGUUUGUUUUCUUCUACUUCUCUCCUUGUGAGUUAAGAGUGUGGACAUUUUGUCAAGUCCUCACUUUUUUUUAAGGGGUUAGUUAUUUAGUUUAGUUUAGUGUUAGAAUAUAAUGUUUGUCAAAGGUCGGUAAACUUAGGGAUGGAAGCGUUUGUGUCCUCCUUCUGCCUUUUGUUCUGAUAAUGUUUGACAUGAUACAGUCCAAAGUCGUGAAUAAAUUAUUAAAGGAGCAA